GAAUACGCACCAAAUAUUUAACACAAUUUAAUUAAGCGUUUUAAUAAAAAAUUAACAGAAGUCCACCAGCAGGCCCACUUUACUCGUUAGAAAAAUUCACUGCGCUCUUGGAGGUUAUGCUAUUCUGCCGAACUGUCAGUUACGAUGAAAGUGGCGUUUCGUUAAGUCAGUGCUGCCAAGUUUUGUUAACUCCGUUUCUUUUAUGACAUUUUUACACACACUUUUCUAUUUUCUUUUCAUUUUAUUUCGUACAACCAUUCGUAAACAUCAUUUUUGCUGCCUUUUAACUUGAACUAUUUUCGUUAUUUUUUAACAACAAAGUGCCGACGACUGAAAUUGUUCUUGUUUUGCUAUUGUUUACUUAAAAACUUUUGCCAAUUUUUUUUCAUUUGCAAGAAAUCUAAGAACUAAAAAUGCACUGGCGGACAAAAAUUGGGUGCAUUGCCUUGUUGACAUUUCUUUACUGUGAGUUUUUGGCGGAUUUUAUUCAGCUUUCAUUUUGCAAUUGGCCAAAGCUGUCACAUAAAAUCAUUAAAAAUAAAAAUGAGGAGGAGCUGAGGGCUGUUAUAAUUGCCGAUACACAUCUACUGGGUCCAAUACGUGGUCACUGGCUAGAUCGGCUGUACAGAGAAUGGCAUAUGCAUCGGAGUUUUCAGGCUGCAAUGAGACUCUUCCAACCCGAUGUCGUUUUCGUAUUGGGUGACCUUUUCGAUGAGGGCGACUUUGUUAAUAAUAACGAUUUUGAACAUUAUGUACAACGGUUUCAUCGCCUUUUCAGCACACCAGCCGGCGUUCCUAUUAUUAGUGCUGUGGGUAAUCAUGAUAUCGGAUUCCAUUAUAAGUACAAUGCAAAUGGACGGUUAUUUUUUAAGCGUUUUUCAAAACACUUCAAUAGCAGUGGUGUGGAAAUGUACACAAUCAAAGGAAAUCAUUUUGUAAUGAUCAACUCGAUGGCAAUGUUAAAUGAUGGAUGUAGGUUCUGUAACACAGCUUUGCGUGAUUUAAAUAGAAUAUCAGAACAAUUAACAUGUCUAAAAACCGAAACAUGCACCGAUAUCCAUGCGCUUAAGGUGCACAAAACCUAGCCGAUUUUGAUGCAACACUUUCCUACCUAUCGAAAAUCGGAAUGCAGGGAACAUGAUGCACCCAAUAUAGAGUUAUUUCGUGAAAACUGGGAGGUGCUUUCAAAGGAAUCUACCGAUUUAAUAGGUCGCCUGCUCCUACCACGCGUUGCUUUUGCUGGUCAUAGUCAUUACUAUUGCUUCAGCAUUAAUCGUUUUGGUGUUGAAGAGUAUACAGUAGCUUCCUUUAGUUGGCGUAAUAAAGUUGAGCCAAUUGGCCAAUUAAGUUUCUUAAUGGCUUCAUUUAGCGCGAGUACUUAUUCGGUGUUAAAAUGCGAUAUGCUGCCACAACAGCAUGUCUACAAUAUUUACAUGGCGACUGCGACAUUGUUAUUGGGGGCAAUUAUAUGGAAAUUGUGCAAAAAAAUCCUGGUCAAAAGGAUAAAAAAGGGAUUACUUAACAUAUUACAGUAUUUUAAGUUAAUUUGUAUUCCUUUGUAUGUGAUUUCCAGAUUAGGUUUUGCGGCCAUCUUAAUUUUAGUAGAUUAAAAACUUUCCAAAGUAUUCUUCUUUUUCUUCUUUUUUGGCGCUGUAACCGCCUAGGCGAUUUUGGCCGAG